GUUGAAUCCUGGCAUAGCCACGUCAGAGGACUUUCUCAUGGCAACGCUGCAGGUGCCAAUGGGGCACACACUUAGUCCAGAGGAGGCAAAGCUGCUCAUGAACCAGACAGUACAGCAGGUCCAGGAUACUCUGAGCAUCUCAGAUGAUGUUGCUCAGCACCUUCUCAUGCACUGCAGAUGGAAUGUGGAUUUCCUGAUCCAGUGCUAUGUGGAGAACCGUGAAACCCUGCUCAUCUCCUCGGGGCUAAAAGUGCAGAAUGCCCAGCCUCCCCCAAGCCCAGGAACCCACUGCCCGGUCUGUGUGAACCAGCUGUGUCUCACUGACAGGCCUCCAACCCUCUGCUGCAUGCACUACUGCUGCAAGCCAUGUUGGAGUGAGUAUCUGACAACUCGCAUUGAACAGAACCUGAUUGUCAACUGCACCUGUCCCAUAUCUGACUGCUGUGCACAGCCAACUGCAGCCUUCAUUUGUUCCAUCGUUUCCUCCAAGGAGAUUAAAGCCAAGUAUGAAAAAACCCUCCUUAGAGGCUAUGUUGAGUGUUGCUCCAACUUGACGUGGUGCACCAACCCUCAGGGCUGUGAUCAGAUCCUCCUUAAGGAUGGGCUUGGUUAUGGGGCAGCUUGUUCCAAGUGCUCCUGGAUGUCCUGCUUCAACUGCAACUUCCCAGAGGCCCAUUAUCCUGCCAGCUGCAGCCACAUGUCGCAGUGGGUGGAUGACGAUGGAUACUAUGAGGGAAUGACAAAUGAAGCCCAAAGUAAACAUCUGGCUAAGCUCAUUUCAAAGCACUGCCCAAACUGCCAGGCUCAGAUUGAGAAAAAUGAGGGAUGCCUGCAUAUGACGUGUGCGAAGUGUAACCAUGGCUUCUGUUGGCGUUGCCUCAAACCCUGGAGGCCAACUCAUAAGGAUUAUUACAACUGCUCUGCUAUGGUGAGUAAAGCAGCUUGGCAGGAGAAGCGUUUUCAGGAUUACAAUGAGAGAUGCACCUUUCAUCAUCAUGCAAGGGAAUUUGCUGUGAAUCUCAGGAACAGGGUUUCUUCCAUCAGCAAGAUGCCAAAACUUAGGACUUUGACCUUUGUUAUUGAUGCCUGUAAAGUGCUGGAGCAGGCACGGAAGGUGCUGGCCUACUCCUGUGUGUACAGCUACUAUAACCAGGACAGUGAGAGCAUGGAUAUUGUGGAACAGCAGACUGAGAGCCUAGAGCUGCAUACUAAUACUCUGCAGAUCCUUUUGGAGGAAACCCUGCUGCAGUACCAGGACCUGGCCUCUUCUCUUCAGCUCCUGAAAGCAAAGCAUUUCAGUGCUGGUUUGGAGUUGGUGCACCAGAUCAAGAAACAUCUCUUUGCAAUGCUUUGGCACUCCACACAGGAUUUCCAUGUUGGGCUCCAGACUUUGGCAGAUUCUGGUGAGAGAAAGGUGAAACAAUCAAAUGUGCCUACUUCAGCCCCUGCCAGUAUAGGGCCAACACGUACCAUCUUGUGUGACCCUUUCAACACAGAUGAAGGUGGCAAAGAUGUUGAAGAUGAGGAGUAUGAACCGCAGUGGCAGGAAGACUAUGAUGAUGAUGACGAUGAUGACGACCUUGAUGAAGACAACUUUCUGUUUGAUGAUGAGUCAGAUAACCUAGAUUGUGACUCCUACUUUGAUGAUGACGAUGCCUAUGACUAG